CAGAGACUGCGGACACAGUACAGGAGAUGACCAGAGACUGCGGACACAGUACAGGAGAUGACCAGAGACUGCGGACACAGUACAGGAGAUGACCAGAGACUGCGGACAUAGUACAGGAGAUGACCAGAGACUGCGGACAUAGUACAGGAGAUGACCAGAGACUGCGGACACGGUACAGGAGAGGAGAGACUGCGGACACAGUACAGGAGAUGACCAGAGACUGCGGACACAGUACAGGAGAUGACCAGAGACUGCGGACAUGUACAGGAGAUGACCAGAGACUGCGGACACAGUACAGGAGAUGACCAGAGACUGCG